GUGAUUUCAUCACAGGAUUCUGUUGAGAGACUGAAGAAGACCUUCAGCAGACACUUUCCCUUGUCAGGGAGGUGGGCUAUAACGUGGGCUUUAUCUUCGCCUACAGCAUGAGGAAGAAAACCCAUGCAUAUCAUCGGCUGCAAGAUGAUGUUCCUGCACCAGUGAAACAGCGCCGUCUGGAGGAACUCAUCUCGGUUUUUAGAGAAGAGGCUGCUAAAGUCAACAUGGCUCUUAUUGGCAGCACACAGCUGGUGUUGGUAGAGGGAGAGAGUAAAAGAUCUUCUGAGGAACUUUGUGGUCGAAAUGAGAUAAAUGUGAAAGUGAUUUUUCCUAAAACAGAUUUGCCUGUUCAGCCAGAGAAACCUCAGAUGGUCCCCAUUACACCUGGAGAUUAUGUGUUAGUGAAGGGGUGUCCAGUUCUGCUUCUGGAGUACCACACUGUCCUGCAGAGUUUAGCUUAG